AUGGCGUUCCACUUGACGGCAGUGUUGACGGCGGUGUUGACAGCAGUGUUGACGGUGGUGUUGACGGGGGUGCCGGGGGCUCAGGCCGGCACCAGGUGGAUACCAGCAGCACCCAGGAGAAGAAUAUCAGGUGUCGGCUGUGUACACCCCUGGGGUGUGAUGGAGCUGGGGCAGCGAGUGUACCCGCCAGGGUGUCGUCGGGUGGUGUGCAAGACCUUCGCUGGCAGACCCAUCCUUGAGGAGCAGUUCUGCGACCCGCUCCCGGAGAGGCUCCCCGCCACCUGCUCCGUCAGACACCGUCCAGAGAAACGCCAUCCUGACUGCUGUCCUCGGGUCAUAUGCGCCCCUGGGUCGCAGACCUACGGCUGGGACCCCAGUGUCUCCCUGGGUGUCCCCAAGAGGCGCUAUCAACCGACACUCAGCCACAUUCACGCCCACCUCAGCACUAAACCAUCCUUGAGACCAUCUUCCACAAACGAGUCUUACCCCAGGAUGGUCGGGUACCCGAAGACUCCCAAGCUUCCGCUCUCUGUGGCGAUGACUUCUUCUCCGUCAGUCAUCACCUCCGAGGUCAUCUACGGGAAGGGGUACUCAGACCCCUGGACUGGACAGUCGCAGUUAUCAACGGAGAGUAAUUUACAGGAGAGGCGGGAGAACCUGCCUUAUCAGGAUCUUCCAUUGUGGGAAGAACCAUCGUCAUUUGCAUUAGACCCGCUCAGCAAUAACAUAAGAGUCUCUGAUACUGAGGAUAACAUCAGAGUCUCAGAUGUUGAGGAUAACAUCAGAGUCUCAGAUGUUGAGGAUAACAUCAGAGUCUCAGAUGUUGAGGAUCAUAUCAGAGGCUCGGAUGUUGAGGAUAACAUCAGAGUCUCAGAUGUUGAGGAUAACAUCAGAGCCUGGGACGUUGAGGAUAAUAUCAGCGGCUCAGAUGUUGAGGAUAACAUCAGAGCCUGGAAUGUUGAGGAUCAUAUCAGAGGCUCGGAUGUUGAGGAUAAUGUUUCUGCGUACAUUCAGAGCGAUAAAGAUGCUCUACUGGACGAGGCUGAACAGAGGGAAUUCGCCAAUCUUUACUUUGCUACACCAGGCCCUCGAGACGCCCAGUUGGAACCCACCACGACGCCACAAACACUCGUCUCAUAUUGGCACUUCAGCGAAGCCAAUGAUGUCCGAACAUCACCUCAUCCUAUCCGGGAUUACUCCAGUUUUUUACCAAUAACCAAACUAUUUUCUACAACUCGCCUUCCAAUGAGGAAACUGACAACCAAACUUACGACAGAGUCGUCUAUUGCCAAACUCAGUAAUAGUUACACAGAGUGGAAACCAAUAACUAAAAUAGUCACUGCAUACCCGUUUUCUGUGAAGGAACCAACGGCUUCCACCACGCCAAGAUGGGGUUGGUCGCCAAACACAGCAGAGAGCAGUGUUGAGGCCUCCUCUACAGUGGCAUCCCGGUAUUAUCCCACUAAGAGACCUAAUCAUCAGACACCAUUCUACUCGAGCACCAGGGUCGAGCUGAGGAAGCCAUAUGCCCCCACAAAACCAAGUCAAAUUAGAACUUCUUCCUCUGACUUUGAUGUCUACAAGAGAGUGAGCAGACGCCCAGCACAUCGUUCCCAUGUCGUUAAGAGGCCGGGAGCCAACAAGGUUCCCACGCCAAGACCCAGCGGGGAGUUCACCAGAACCACGCCCGCUUCGUAUGAGUUUGCGACGCCCAAAUUAAAUCCCAGCAAACACGACAUCCACGAAUUCAUCCUGACGCCAUUGGAUCCAUCUCAGCUCAUCCCUGGUCAUGACGAAUAUCUUCAAGCUAAAUACGACGCCAUGAGGGAGUACCUUGCCUCAUCAGAAGAAAAGGUACACUCCAAAAUAAGCAGACGAUCUCUUCCAUAUACUGAAGCCACAACAGCAUAUGAGCACUCCAGCACAGUGUCGUCAGCGUCUCCAGACGCUCCAUUCUCACCAACACCUAAAGCACCAUCAACGGAGAUCGUAAGGGAGAAGAAACGUAAACCUGUGUUUUAUAUUCCUUGGAGAGAAAACUUAACCUCGCGGCCCACGACGCCUCCAGCUUAUUCUCACGAUUAUGAAGAUGACGACCCAACAACAUCUGCUAGGUCCUUCCCUCAAGCGGAACUUGUGAUGUUAGGUUUCAACCAAGCCACCACCUUGGCAACGGCUAUACCAUCUAACGAUUAUACAACCUCCCACAUAUUUACUGGUGCUGGGAUUGAGGUCCCACAUGUCGAAACAGUUUACAAAACAUAUUCACAAACUAAUAAUGAAGAUUUGUACUCCGCUCAGAAGUCGAAGGAAACAAUGGUAGAAGUAGCUGUCAUUGGAUUAAAUCACCAAAAUAAUGAUGAGCUGAUGGGUUUGGAAGACAUAGAUGACGUACCUGGAGAACUGACAACGACGAGAGCAGCUACGACACUAGCAACUGUCAGGCCUACCACCACCCUUCCCGAAAACCUGCAACACACUUUUGCUUCACCUGCAAAACACAUUAACGCCACAGAUGUGUUUCUUUCUGAAAAUAGAGAGUUGAGCCAUUACUCCCGGGAGAGUAAUAACGACGGUGCAACGGCAUCAGGUGAUGACUACCAGAAGCCACAAAGAAUUGCCUGGUCACCUCCACCAUUUAGACCAAGUCGCAAUCAAAGCCCAAGCGUUGAAAUUACUAAGACACAGAUACACGUGUCUGCUGAUGAAAGCUUCUCUGAUAAAGAUUAUAUGGGAAUUCUCGAGUAUGAACCAAGAAAACAAUAUAACGGCUCUCAGGGCUCGAGCAUUGGGAAACUUGUUGGAUUCGAGAAGGGACCGGAUGAAGGGAGUGAGCUUUGGAGGAGCAGGGUGAUCCAGGCACCGACUCGGAGACCACAGCUGGAGGCGGAGAGAGGCGGCGAGGUCUCCGCAAGCAAUAAACGAAAAAUUAUGGAAACUAAAUAUGGCGGAACAAUGAGACAAGAGGAGUCAAAGAUCAUAGAGAAGGAAAAUAUGAGUACAUACCGUCCAGGGCAAUUGACACUUGGGACAUCUAGUUAUCCCUAUGUUACUGAGUCUCCCACCAGCACCACGCCUCCCAGCACGGCAGGAGAACUAAAAGACGCCAUUGUCCAGUCCGGGAUUUAUGAAAAUAAACUAAACAUUCAACAGGAAAUGGCAACCAUGAAAGUAGACACCAAGACUGUAACACAUUCAACUAGAUCGACGAAUGCUGAAAUGCUGCCAUUUAAUAAAUGGGAUGACACACACACGAGUGAGUCCCAGCAUCAGGAGUGGCUAAGAGGCUCAAAUUUGAGUUCUGUUUUCCCACUGGAUGAUGAAGAGAAGGAAAGUGAAGAAGGUUUCUCUCAUGCAAUUAGACUUCAUUCCAUGUUAAAAUUGUCGAAGCCUCCGGAACGCAGCAAAAUGGAUGGAGAGGAAGGUGCUACUCCUUCCACUGGUGGUUUGCUCUCCUCACCUCCUUCAGACUCCAGGCUCUAUCCAAAACUCGUAAAGGAACUAGAGAAGUUGCAUCCCUCGACGCCGACGACAAAGAACCUACGGAGAAGAAGACCUCUCAUUGCUUCUCGCACCUCUCUGCCAAACCUAAAUCCCCAAUCCAAAACCAGUUCACUGCAACACGAAGCAAAUAUUGUACCCAUAAACAAGUCACAAAUGCAAUUGCCCACUCAACACAACCUUCAAAUACACACAUUCACACCUACAAGAAGACUUUCAAUUUCUCGACUUGGACAACAGAACAUGACCUCAUCUCUUUCCACAGAAGUAGUUGAUUCUUGGAAGGAGAAUGCGAGACCAAAGACUAGAGAUCGCCUUCCACCGGGAACUUUCACCAGGAAGCGAACUACACCUCGUCAGAGCGACUUGAGACUGAGACGACCAACAGCCAAGACCCGUCGAGUUUCCAAGGUUAGGAUGCUUGAGCAUCCUUCAGUAGAAAUAGAGACUCAGGCGACCAUAGAAUCAACAGCAAGUACAAAGCCUACAGCAAGUACAGUAAUUCAGUCCACCAGAGAGCCCCGGACCACUACAGAGCACAAGGCAAGCAUAGAGUCCCAGGCAACCAUAGAGUCCCAGGCAACCAUAGAGUUACAGACCACCACUGAGUACUGGACCACCACAGAGCCCCGGAUCACCACAGAGUCGCGGACCAUAACAGAGUACGAGACCUCAACAGAGCCCUGGACCACUACAGAGCCCCGAACAGCCAUACAAUAUCAGGUCACCAGAGAACUCUGGACCACCACAGAGUCCCAAGCCACCAUAAAGCCCUUGGCCACAAUAAUACCUUACGUGACCACAGAUUCCCUGAACCCUACAGAGCAAGAGAAAGCAGGUGAGGGAUCAGAGGCAGGUGAACGAACGCUCUCCAAUCCCACAAGGCCGCGUCGGAUCACAAGCUUCACAUACAAAUCCAUGAGCCACAAACGGCCCGGCAUAGAAGGACCAAAUCUCAAAGGUGCACAAAUGCUGAGACCUUUUUCACCUCUCCCUGUAAUUUCCCCAGCCCCUAAGGCAUCGGUCUCCACCACUGAGCUUCCUGUCAUCUUCUGGGAGCGUGUAAAUGGGACAGGAGCUCCUCGGAAGCACAUGUCAGGGGACUCGCCCCAUGGCGCGCUCUCGGGGGCGUGGGAACCAGCACGAGAGGAGUGAUCUUGGUACCUCUAUGCUGGUCUCUCUCUCACAGUAAAUCAAAGUUUUAUUUAUAUAACACUAGGUGGGAUAUACCAGUGAUACCCUGGUUGACAGGGGCUUUCCAGAUCUGUCCCUCUGUCUAUGUCUGUUUUUCUGUCUAUCUUCAUGUUUCUGUCAAUCAGUCAGUCUCUUCCGCUAUCUCUCUAUUAAUCUUUUUAUAUCUAUCCCUCUCAUCAAAAUUGGUCUGUAAUCCAGUACCCAUUAUACAUAAAAUAAAUACAAUUCAAAUUUAUAUGUAACUGUUGCAACAACAAUCUUGGCACCGUUAAGUGGUACUCAUUUCAUUUCUGCCAAGCCCAACCCGACCAUGUUGGGUACGUACCCCACAGGAAUCAGGGCGCAAAGGUAGAUGAAGCUAGCACCAAGC